AGCAUCCACUCUCAGUCUCUCAUCCCCUUCAUUCAUCCUCUUCGUCCUGGACCUCUUCUUUUCUUCUCCCUCAGCCCUGUUAACUGUGUGGUGGGGAGAGGGGUAUUUUUGCCUUAGAGGCGUAGGAUGCGACACACGGGAGAGGAUGCAGGGACUGCAGUAGGAGGGAUUAUGAUUACAUUUUAGGAAGAACCUAUUGAGGAGGAAGAGAUGCUGGAGGAGAGAGCCUAAAGACCAGCCUAAAGACCAGCUGUGGUCACCUAGUAAAGGCUUUUCUCUAGUCACAGAGGACAGGGUAGAAGAAACCAAGUCAGAGACUGCAGCCGGAGGGAGGGCUGGAGUCUAGAUCUUAAGGAGAACUUCACCACAGCCAGGGAUUAUGGGAAGCAGAGAGUCCGGAGAAGAGCCGGGGGAAUCUAUCUCUUCAUGUCCAGAGACGGACCCGGACUCCUUCCUGAAGUCGGCCCGGCUACAGCGGCUGCCUUCGUCAUCGUCCGAGAUGGGCAGCCAGGACGGGUCACCACUACGGGAGACACGCAAGGACCCAUUCUCAGCUGCUGCAGCCGAGUGCUCCUGCCGCCAGGACGGACUCACAGUCAUCGUCACCGCCUGCCUCACUUUCGCCACGGGUGUCACCGUUGCGCUGGUCAUGCAAAUCUACUUCGGGGAUCCCCAGAUCUUCCAGCAGGGUGCUGUGGUGACUGAUGCCUCCCGGUGCACGGCGCUGGGCAUGGAGGUGCUCAGUAAACAAGGCUCUUCCGUGGAUGCAGCUGUGGCAGCAGCCUUGUGUUUGGGGAUUGUGGCUCCACACAGUUCUGGCCUGGGCGGCGGGGGGGUGAUGCUGGUACAUGACAUCCGGCGCAACGAGAGCCGCCUGAUCGACUUCCGGGAGUCGGCGCCAGGGGCUCUCAGGGAAGAGGCCCUGCAGAGAUCCUGGGAUACCAAGCCAUUCCUGGCUUGGGGCUCUGCGGAGUUCAGCCCAGCCCCCCCCCUUCCAGUGACCUGGUCUCCUCUCUCCCUCGCCUGCCCGCCUUGCCCAGCCUGGGCUCUUGGUGGGGGUUCCCGGAAUGGUGAAAGGGCUACACGAAGCUCAUCAGCUCUAUGGCAGGACCUCCUCCACCCCCUGCUCUCCGGCCCCUUCAGGCUGCCCUGGUCCCAAGUCCUGGCCUUCGCAGCAGCUGUGGCCCAAGAUGGCUUCAACGUGACCCAUGAUCUAGCCCAUGCCUUGGCUGAGCAGCUGCCUCCCAAUGCAUCUGACCGCUUCCUGGAGACUUUCCUGCCAUUGGGCCACCCGCCUUUGCCUGGUUCCCUGCUGCGACGCCCCGAUCUAGCCGAGGUGCUGGAGCUACUCGGGAUCUCUGGCCCCACUGCUUUCUACAAUGGUGGCAACCUCACACUGGAGAUGGUAGCUGAGGCUCAGCAUGCAGGGGGUGUCAUAACCGAAGAGGACUUCAGCAACUAUAGCGCCCUCAUGGAGAAGCCUGUUUGUGGAGUGUACCGAGGUCACCUGGUUCUCAGCCCCCCACCCCCACACACAGGCCCAGCCCUCAUCAGUGCUCUCAACAUCCUGGAGGGCUUCAACCUUACCAGCCUGGUGCCGCGUGAGCAGGCCCUUCACUGGGUAGCAGAGACCCUGAAGAUCGCAUUGGCCCUGGCUAGCAGACUGGGAGACCCUGUCUAUGACUCUACCAUCACCGAGAGCAUGGACGACAUGCUCAGCAAGGUGGAGGCCGCCAACUUCCGGGGCCACAUCAGUGACUCUCAGGCAGCCCCCGCCCCACUCCUGCCUGUCUAUGAGCUGGACGGGGCUCCCACAGCUGCCCAGGUGCUGGUCAUGGGCCCUGAUGACUUCAUUGUGGCCACAGUCAGCUCCCUGAACCGGCCUUUUGGAAGUGGCCUCCUCACUCCCUCUGGGAUCCUUCUCAACAGCCAGAUGCUAGACUUCUCCUGGCCCAACAGGACUGCUAACCACUCUGCACCCAGCCUGGAGAACUCGGUGCAGCCAGGGAAGCGGCCUCUCUCUUUCCUGCUGCCCACUGUAGUCCGACCAGCAGACGGACUCUGUGGGACCUACCUCGCCCUGGGGGCCAACGGAGCUGCCCGAGGCCUCAGUGGCCUGACCCAGGUUCUAUUGAAUGUCCUGACCUUGAACCGGAACCUGAGUGACAGCCUGGCCCGAGGACGCCUCCACCCAGACCUGCAGUCCAACCUCCUGCAGGUGGACAGUGAGUUCACGGAGGAAGAGAUUGAGUUUCUGGAAGCCAGGGGUCACCACGUGGAGAAGGUAGACGUCUUAUCCUGGGUCCACGGCAGUCGGAGAACCAACAACUUCAUCAUCGGUGUGAAGGACCCUCGGAGCCCGGAUGCAGCUGGAGCCACCAUCCUGUAGUGCAUUGGGGUGGGCGGGAAUCUCUGCUCCCCGCCUUUGCAUGUUCCCAGAGUCCCUCUUUCUCCCAGGUUUGGUCUCAGGGGGACCCCAUGGAUGCCUCAGAUCAGGAGUCAGAGGGGAUACUUAGCAAAUCCUAUCCCAGAGUAACUGGAAAAUUCUCCAACUGGAGGCCUUUGGUGGUAAUGGUGACGUCAGUGUCCAUGACCAGGCAGGCAGGACCUUGAGGAGUCAGAUGGCCUGUCUGUCCUCUCAGCCAUGCUAUUCUUGAGCUUAGGGAUGUGCUUGCAAACCCUUCUCAAGGGUCUCACAACCCCAACACCUUCAGACUGGUCUGACCUAGGCCUUGUGUUCCAGCCCCCUUUUUCCUGUACCUGGCCCCAUUUCUUAAGUGACUAGGAUUUUUUUUUUUUUUAAUUGGCCAUCAUAGGGAGAAGUAAUCCUCCCCUUCCACCAGGUUUAGGAAUGGGCCUUGCAUUUGAAGGUCUCCAGGCAGUCGG